AUGGGCGUAGAUGUAGAAACUCUGUCACCUGGAAAUGGAUCUACCUAUCCUAAGCCCGGUCAAACUGUAGUCGUCCAUUACACGGGUACUCUUCAAAAUGGCAAAAAGUUUGAUUCCUCGAGGGAUCGAGGUCAACCCUUUAAAUUUACAUUGGGAAAAGGGGAUGUUAUUAAAGGCUGGGAUCAAGGAUUAGCUAAGAUGUCGGUAGGAGAACGAGCAAGACUGACAUGUUCACCUGAUUUUGCUUAUGGAUCUAGAGGCCACCCUGGUGUUAUUCCACCAAAUGCUACAUUAAUAUUUGAUGUUGAACUUUUGCGAGUUGAA